CAAGCGCAAGUUUAGGUACGGUGCGCUUGUUUACAUCAACAAAAGAUCGUGUUUUCAUAAAAAUCAUCAAAUUAAAACUUAUUAAAUUAUAAAUACCAAAUGUGAAGUGACUUUUAAAAUGUAUUCGAUCAGGAAGUCAAUGAAAGAAAAUUCAUCUACACCCAAGCGGCGUCGUCUCGGCAUGUCAAAGAAUUUGCGGUCGCCAGAAUUCUUAAAUAAAAAGAAUCCAGAUGUGUUUUCGGUAUGUAGUCCGAUAAGUUUACGGGUACUGAAGCAAACAGAGCGUUGUGAAUCUCCCCCGCUUCCUUGCAACCAAAUAGAAUAUUUGUGUGACUCCGGUAACAAUAGCUCAACAUGUAGUGAAAUACCAUGCUCGCCCGGCGUUUUGAACAGCUCCGUAGUGAGGGAAAUUGAGAACUGGGAUUCUUUAUUAGUAACGAAAGUUUCGACAACGCAGAAUUUGGCAGAAAUUGAAGAUAUUUCUGAUGACAUGUUCUAUUCAAGAUUAGAGCAAUCAUGUAACGAUGAAAUCCUGACAUCGCGAUGCGAGCAGCAUUUUCGAGAGAAUAUCGAAGAAACUUUCGCAGCUGUUAAUGACUCUAUUUAUCAGAAAGUUCAAGAUCAAGAGGCUAAAGAUAGUUUAUUUGAAACAAAAGAUUCCUUUUUGCUGGAUAUCAAAGAAACUUGCAUAAUAAAUGAAAAUGGAAAAGUUAAAGGGACAAUGUCUGACAAUGUAGAUAAUUUCUAUGGCUUACCGGUUAAAACAAAAAGUUUUUUCAAAAGUUACAGGAAUAUUGAGAAAUUUUAUGAUUGGCAAGAAGAGUGUCUAAACUUAGAUGCAAUCAGAGAGAGGCGUAACCUAAUUUAUGCCUUACCAACAAGCGGGGGCAAGACACUGGUAGCAGAGGUUCUAAUGCUGCGCGAGGUGCUCAACAACAAGAAGAAUGUGCUGUUCAUCCUGCCAUUUGUUGCUAUUGUGCAGGAGAAGAUCUGGGCACUUUCCCCAUUUGCCGUCAACCUGGACUUCCUAGUAGAAGAAUAUGCCGCAGGCAAAGGCAACAUUCCCCCGAAGAAGCGCAGAAGCAAGCACAGCAUCUACAUAGCAACAAUAGAGAAGGGCCUGGCACUGGUGCGGAGUCUGAUCGAACUUGGCAGGCUGAGUGAGAUUGGAUUAAUGGUAGUAGACGAAUUGCAUCUGAUCGGCGAAGCGGGCCGCGGAGCCACGCUCGAGACUCUGCUGUCCACAGUACUGUUCGCUAACCAGGGUAUCCAGAUAGUAGGCAUGAGCGCGACCAUCGGCAACCUCCCGGAAGUGGCCCGCUUCCUCCGCGCCGACAUCUUCCAGCGGGACUUCCGGCCCGUCACGUUGGACGAGUACGUCAAACUGGGCUCCACGCUGUAUAAGAUCAGUGCAGGGGGCGAGGCGGAGCCCGAGAGGGAAUUGAAUUUCAAUUACACCUCAGCGGCCUCAACCCUCGACCCUGACUGCGUGGGUGGGCUAGUCUCCGAAGUGGUACCAUCAUCCUCCUGUCUCGUCUUCUGUCCCACCAAGCGGAAUUGCGAGAACGUGGCCAAUCUACUGUGCAAGCUGCAACGCAAAGAGAUGGCGUUACACCGAACAGCGGAGCGCCAAUCGUUAGAAGCGGCGCUGAAGGCCGAAGGCGCCGCGCCCGCGCUCGCGCGCUCCGUGCGCUACGGCGUCGCCUACCAUCACAGCGGGCUGGCCAGCGACGAGAGGACGUUACUGGAACAAGCUUUUAGGUCGGGCGUGAUAUCGGUGGUGUGCUGCACGUCGACGCUGGCGGCCGGCGUCAACCUGCCCGCGCGACGCGUCAUCAUCCGCGCGCCGCGCGUGGGGCGCGGCUUCCUCGCGCUCGGCGCCUACCGCCAGAUGUGCGGCCGCGCCGGCCGGGCCGGGGUCACCGACACCGGCGAAAGCAUAAUAAUCUGCAGCGCCGCGGACUGGCCCGAGCUGCAGUCGGUCCUCCGCAACGGUCUGCCGCCGGUCGUCAGCUGUCUCACCGACGCGUGCUGUGGCCUCGUCCUCAGCGGAGUGGCUCUACAGCUGGCAGACACGAGGAGCGAGCUUCGUGAGCUGUUGAAGACCACGUUUAUGGCUACGAGCUCAGAAGUGGACAUAAAGAAAAUAUGCGACGACUCUAUCCGCUCGCUCAUACAGACCGGCGCCCUCGACGUCGGACAACACAAGUCCAAUGACGAGUCGCACACGGCCGCCGGGCAGAGGAUAGUCUACAGUGAUAGCAAACUGACUGUUAGUAAACUAGGACGGGCGGCUAUCAAAGGUUGCAUGGAGCUCUCAGUAGCCAAACAGAUGCUGCAAGAUCUAGAAUCAGCAUCUCGCGGCCUGGUACUAAUGGGAAGCUUGCAUUUGCUCUAUCUAGUGACACCACACGACGCGGCCGGCGUGAGGCCAGACUACAGGCAUUACUAUUCGCUGUACUGCAACCUGGAUGAGGACGCCGUGCAGACGGCGAAGAUCCUCGGCAUCACCGAGAUGAACGCCAUCCGGAUGAUGACUGGCAAACCUAUCACGAACGUAUCUGAAAAAGUUCUGUGCCGAUUUUACGUGGCCUUGAUGCUGUACGACCUGUGGAAGCAGGCGCCCUUCCACGCUGUCGCAGACAAAUACUGCGUGUCGCGCGGGAUAGUACAAACUGUCAUGGCGUCCGCCGCAGCACUUGCGUCGAGCGCCACGCGCUUUUGUGAGGAGCUGGAACAUCUGUGGACCUUCAGGGCGUUGUUCAGCGAAUUAUCCCCUCGCCUGGCGCACUGCGCCGCGCCCGAGCUCAGCCAGCUCAUGGAACUGCCGGCCGUCAAGAAGGCGCGCGCGCUGCAGCUGAUGCGCGCCGGCUUCAAGCGUGUCGAGGACCUGGCCAAGGCUUCGCUCGACCAUCUCACAGCAUCCGUAGCCCAUCUCUCAAGGUCCGCCGCCACACAUCUCGUCAGCGCCGCCAGAAUGAUGUUGAUCGAGAAAGUGGAAAACUUGCGCGCAGAAGCCGAAGAUGUCAUGGAAGAGUUGAAGGUGUAACAUAGUCAUAAUUAUGUUCGUAUUUAAUUUAUAAUAAGUUGCCAUCUAUAAUUAUAUGUACAUCCAUAUCCAUAUACAGGAAGAAUGAACUAGAAAAAUUCCAUCUUCCACAUUAUGUGGCUGCAGGUUUUGGUUUGGUAUAACAUAAAUGAAAUAAGCCUUUUUACGUGCCUUUAAAUGACUAUCUAUACUUCAUCUUUUAAAAAUGAAAUAUGUAAUUGCUUAUUAACACAUCCCACUCAAUAACUCUUGAUAAUUGGAACUUUGAAUAAUGUAAAACCUUAAUGAUAUAUCAUAGAUCAUAAGGAUAUAGAUUUUAAGAACCUUUGUUCUUUACCAUUUAAUAUUUCCUAUUCAUUGUCAUUUAAAUUGUUAGCCGGAUUUCGUCGACAACUUAACUGACAGGUUUUCAAAAUAUAUACAUAAUUAUGUACACAAAGUAAUAAAUUGUCAGUUGAAAUGUUGUGAGCCUGUCUGUUUGGUUGUACGAUGGAUUAACUCCUAUAAUGUUUCUACAAUAACACUUGUAAACUUCGGCACUGUUUGUCUUCUCUGUAAUCCAUC